AUGAUUCUGGAGCUGCUCUUGAAGCUGAUGGACGAGUCCAUGAUCGAGUACUGCAGCGCAUCUUUCCAAGAGGAGCUGCACGAACUCUGGGCCAAAACCGUAGGUGCUGCCGCGAAGCAGGCAGCAAGACAAGAGCUACUGUUGAAGUAUUUGUGCCCGCUUGUGACGAGGUAUGGGUUCGACCCCACGUGGGAUGGAGUGGUGCAGAGCCAGCAAAGUGCAGGUCCUUGGGUAGCGGACGAGGAGGUCAUUGCCAAGUACAAGCUCCAGAAGUGGCUUCUCGACCCGGGGCUUCAGGUGAGAAAGUUGCCUGGGACGCACGACAAGCAGCUGCACAUGGCGAUCCGAGAGCUGUGCCAGGAGAUCGAAAGAAAGAGUGGCAGACCCUCCUUGGCUGCUCCGUUAUGUAGCGCUCGGCAUGCGACGCCGGCGUUCCAGCUGAAGGAGGUGUCAGUGCCCUGGGCACGGGUCUUUGCACCCUUGGUAUGCGCAGUGAUCCCGGGCGUUCUCUCCAGCGAGGAGGUCCAGGCGCUGAAGUCUUGGGGUAUGUCACGGAGGGAUUGGUGUUUGGCAAAUGGGCAUAUGAUCAGCCAGUUCGAGGAUGGAGUUCUUGCCUACAAACUUUGGAGUCGAGUGUGCCAUCUUGUCCCAGCUUUCAAGGGCCUCGGCGCAGUAGGCCUGAAUCAGCACAUGCGUUUCCUGAAGUACGGGAAGGGCCACUUCUUUGCACCGCACCAAGAUGGUGAGAAUCGACACGGCCCCGCGCGAUCUCUGCUUUCGGCGCUGCUGUACCUUUCUGGGGUGGAUCGAAGCGAAAACGGUGGUGGAACUCGAUUUAUUUCUCCCGAGUGCCCGGAAGUUGCGACCUUUGGCCGAUGUGACCGCGCCUGUGAUCGCUGUGUGGAUGCUCCUGUAACUGCCGGAUCUAUGCUGCUCUUCGCACAAAGCGUGAUCCAUGCCGGCACUGAGCCCAAAGCCUCCGAGAAGUUUGCACCGCUGCCAGUCACCGCGGUCACCGCGACUCCGCGCUGUGAGCUGCGGCGCUCGACGGCUGCGACGGCUGCGAAAGUGAAAGAGAUGUCCACUACGCCGGACCGACGGGCAGCCAUGCUGGAGGCACUGGCAGGGCUGAACGACCAGCCUAGUCAGGCUCCGCCCGAAUAUGAGCUGCCUGCGAUGGACCCAUCGGCAGCGCUGCAAAUGUGCAGUGCGGCUGUUCUUACCUCUAUGGCAUAUGCCAAAGUCGCUUCUGCACGGACGCGUCGAAGCUCCCAACUCUUGCAGGAUGCAGUUCGCCUGAGCAGCGGAUCCAACUUUCUCCUCCAACGCGCGCUUGCAGCCUCGAGUGCACCAAACCUUGAAGAAGCUCACAGCAUCAGCUUCAGGAGCGCCGUGCAAGCGGGCAGGCAAUACUUUGACACAACACUGCCGCCCGUGCCCUGCAGCGGCCCUAAGCCAGUGCAUCGCGAAUCGCACUUCUGCAUGCAAAGACUUGUAACAAGUGCGGAAUUCUGCCGAAGUCAAGGCUGGUGA